AGGGAUACUAGUCAGCUGAGCAAGAGAGAUCGGCAAAGAAACCUGUGACACAGCAGCUUUCCAGACGGUAUAUCGUUGAGCGAGAAAAUAGCGUCAUUCUCUUAUUUAAUCCCAAAUUCCUUCUCUUUCCAGCACCCUUGAUUAUGUCUGCCGCGCGCAUUCCGCUGACAAUCCAAGAAAUUUGCAAUCCUAGUAUAUCAUUCGUUACCAGAAGAAAGAAUGACUACGUCUGCAGCUGAGGAAUAUGCCUUGGACAGGAGCUGGCUUGACAACGUUCGUAUCAAUGCCAUGCAUCAGUUGGUAGGACAAGUCUACCAAGGUCACAUACACCCACGUAUCUGCACAGCAAACCCGGAAAUGAGAAUCGCUGAUGUUGGGACCGGCACCGCUAUCUGGCUCACAGAUCUAGCCAGUAAACUACCAGAAUCCGUUCGUUUGGAUGGUCUCGACGUUUCGUUCGAUGCUGCCCCCCUCCGCGAAUGGCUCCCACCAAACGUGACCCUGCACUACUGGGACGUCAAAUCGCCAGUCCCCGAGCACCUAGUCGGUGCAUACGAUCUGGUCAAUGUACGAUUUUUUACCAUUGUCCUUCGAAACUCUGAGAUCAAGGAUGCUCUGAAUAAUCUAUCCCGACUACUUAAACCAGGCGGCUACCUUCAGUGGACUGAUGCAGAUAUGUCUUCAAUCCGACCAGUAAAGAUUCGACCUGAUAUAAGCGACGAACCAUUGAAGCGGUUUGAGACCGUCCUUCGAGGGAACGACGAAAGGUUCUACACUUCUUGGGUUCCCGACCUGGGGACUCGCUUCCAAGAAGCCAAGUUCGUCGACGUCGAUGUUGAUCGCAGGGACCCCCCACAUUAUAUCGCACAAUCCCUGUUUGAGACUGUAAUGGUGGCCCUCGAAGUCUUCACCAGAAACAAGGAUAUGAACGAGCAGAAAGUCCAAGAACUGAGGACAACCAUCCGAGACGCAGCCAAGGCUUCCAGAGAGGGCUCUUAUCUUCAGUAUACAUAUUAUAGAGUUAUUGGACGGAAGGCCACAGGUACAGAAUUAUAGAAGCAGUCCUGGUAAAACAAUGCUAUUACUCUCAUCCCCAGCCAUCUGUAGGCUGUUCC